CACCGAACUGUCGUGCGACAGGCACAUACCACCCUCGAACCGCAAACACCAUGGCCGACACUCCCAAGGUUGAGCUCCCGGUCUUCGACAUCGUUCCAGACGAACCACUGUCAGCCGAUAGUACCGCCGAACAAGAACCGUCGCAGUCGCAAGAGCGAAGAGGCAGUAUAGCAACGAGCCACCAUGCCCGACCACGUCCAUACCAUAUCCCGCGCUACGUCUCGCAGACCUACCCUCAGUUCAAGGCCAAACAGGAGUGUGCCCUCAGGAUCGGCAUAAAGGACCUCGAGCACCAGAUCACCAAGAGCACAGGCGUGUCGCAUUUGGAAAUGGAACUCGACAAGCUAACCGUUCAUCACAAAACCAGUCAGAGUAAACUGUCGCAGCAAGAGCUUGUCGACCUACAAAAAGCCACACAUUUUGACAAGAAGGAAUUGCAACAAUGGUAUAAAGGCUUCCUAAAAGACUGCCCCUCCGGCAUGCUCACCAAAUCCGAAUUCCAAAAAAUUUACAAACAAUUCUUCCCCUUUGGCGACCCUUCCUCCUUCGCCGACUACGUCUUCAACGUCUUCGACGCCGACAAAUCCGGCAGCAUCGACUUCAAAGAAUUCAUCUGCGCCCUCUCCGUCACCUCGCGCGGCAAAAUGGAAGACAAACUCGACUGGGCCUUCCAAUUAUACGAUAUCGACGGCGACGGCAAAAUCAGCUACGAUGAAAUGCUCGCCAUUGUCGAGGCGAUAUAUAAAAUGGUCGGCAGUAUGGUCAAGUUGCCCGAGGAUGAGGAUACGCCAGAGAAGAGGGUGAAGAAGAUUUUCAGGAUGAUGGAUAAGGAUGAGAAUGGGAGUUUGGAUAUGGCCGAAUUCAAGGAGGGAAGUAAACGAGACGAAACGAUCGUAUCGGCUUUGUCAUUAUACGAUGGAUUGGUAUGAGAAUGUCGCAUAUGCCUACGACUGAGAUGAUCCUGGAAGAAAGCAUUCUCAGGAGAGCAAGGGUUCAUGAAUGAUGAGUUGAAGUAUUCCCUUUGAGUCAAAGCGAAUUGUUUAGGGGUUGUUGCAUAGGAAGCAGUGGUAGAGGGAGAGACAUUUUCCGACUGUAUGAGUACAGGAGAGAGGCAUGAUUGAAGCAUGACCAAGAAUUGAACCGACAGAAAAUCGAAACCCUGCUAUCUGCUUGUCGCGAGACUUGGGAUGAAGGAGAGCUGCGCGACGGAAGCAUUCCGUCGAAUGGAACCCUUGAAGAGUUUCAGUCUAGAUACGGUCCAGUCCUGCACAAAUCCCGUA